AUGGCCAACGCCUCCUGCAGCGGUGGAACACCUUUCAAGCAACUCAUCGACCACCAGAGCCGCGACGUCAGCCAUCACCAAGACCGUCUCGUCGACCGCUCCGGCAUCAACGGCCAUGCAUCAUUUCGAUCUGCGCCUCGUCAUCCCGCCGAAGGACAGGCCUCCUUCGGUGCGUUCAUCGAUGGCCCUUCCCCAGUCGGCUCCCUUCCCGGCUUGCCUCACUCCCCCGCCAGUCGGUUAGCCACGCACGCCACGGCUCUGCAGCAGCCCUCGUUCAUGCAAGCGGCGCCGACGCACGCGCGUGUGGCCGCCGCGCCCGACAUGAGCAACUGGGCCGCCGACUUCACCCGCUUCACCGGCGGCACCCAGCAAACGCGGGCUCUCGCUCCGACCGCGGCCCCCCUCGCCGUGCCCAUGGCCCACCAAGCCAACUACCAGCCUCCUUUCGGACAAACGCUUGCGCCCAUGUACAACCACGCCGGCUUGGCCUACAUGGCCCCCCGUUCGGCGGCGCCCCUUCCGUCCGACUUUGAUCAAGACCUGGCCCGCUGGGCCUCGGUCAACCGUGCCGGCAGCAUGGCUCAAGUGGACGCUGCCAUGGAGCAGAUGGCCCGUGAGCUGGAGCUGAACGAGGCUGCCCUGCCGGAGGAAGUGGCCGCGGCCGUGGAACAGACCAGCGAGACGCGGCAGAACGACCACCUGACCGACCUCGAGACCCCCGAGCUGGGCAACCUCACCCUCAACGACCCGGCCACGCCUCGCCUCGAUCCGAUAGCUGCGCAAGUCGACGAGCAAGUACUUGACCACAUUCCCGCGGACGAGGUCGGGGUACCAAAGGGCAAGUCGGCCGUCUCCGAAGCCGCCGAGAGACUCCUCGAAUCCGUCCAGCACGAGGGUGGCGAAAAGUGGCAAAACUCCGUCUUCCUCUCUCUGAUGCGCGACUUCCGCGACGGCCGCAAGGAUAUCGUCGACAACGAGGUCCGCCAGAUGGAUGGCGACGUCGUUGGCACCGGCGUCGAACAGCAGCAACAGACCCCACCUCCGUGA